AUGCCAACUCGUAGAAAUGAUCCCGUCUUCAAAAACAACUCGCUCCUCUCUGUCAGGUUGGCUCUCUGUCGGACAAAAAGCCUCUGUCCAGCAUCCUGUACACACGUACAUGCACGUUUCUUGCCCGCCGACAACAUUGGGGAUGUUGUUUCCUUGAUUCUUAAGGUAGUUCCUUUUAUCAUGCUCGAGUCAUUUCGGGACCGUACAAUCAUUCCCCGUGGUGUCUAG